AUGAGCUACAACAAUCCGAUAAUAUCAGGGUUCAACCCAGACCCAUCGAUUAUCCGCGUCGACAAGGACUUUUUCUUAGUCACUUCGACAUUCGAAUACUUCCCCGGCGUUCCCAUCUACCACAGCCAAGAUCUGAUAAAAUGGACUCUGAUCGGGCAUGCAUUGACACGACCCAGCCAGCUACAGAUUCACACGCCUGAGCCAGGCGGAGGCGUGUGGGCGACCACAAUCCGUCACCACGAGGGAGUUUACUACAUCAUUGCGGCGAGCUUUCAACGUUAUCGCCCGCAGGUAGACGAUCGAGUUUGGCCGCAGGGGUUCUAUGUCAAGACAACGAACAUAUGGGAUGAGAAGACAUGGUCUGAUCCGGUCUAUUUCGAUCAAGUUGGGUUCGACCAGGAUCUUUUCUGGGACGACGAUGGAAAAGUAUAUCUGUCUUCUACCUACAGAAAAAUUGAGCCUACCCCCAAUGCAAAGUUGAAAGAUUUUGCGAUUCAUAUAUGUACUGUUGAUUUAAACACGGGGCAUUCUACAUCUGAGCCGAAGUUGAUUCGCGAAUCUUCGUCUGGCGUUGCGGAGGGGUCCCACAUUUACAAACGCGGUCGGUAUUGGUAUCUGUUCACCGCUGAAGGAGGGACUGAGAGUGGGCACUGCGAAUGGGUGAGCCGUAGUGAGGUUGGUCCGAUGGGUCCGUGGGAAGUUGGUCCGAAUAAUCCUCUGUGGCGGAAUGGGGUCGAGGAUGAAGUACAAAACACAGGACAUGCCGACCUGGUUGAAGAUAUUAACGGACAGUGGUGGGCUGUUGUACUUGGGGUUCGUCCUGUGAGACAAGAAAAUGGUUGGGAAGAAUCGGUGCUAGGACGAGAGACAUUUUUGGUGCCUUUGGAGUGGGUCGAUGAGUGGCCUGUUAUCAACGGGGGAAAGAAAAUUGACCUGAAUUCACAUGGGCCUGGCCUUUACGUGUUCGAUAAUCCUGUCGCGUGGAGAGAUGAAUUCUCCAACUCGGACAUGCAAGUGGGUUGGUAUCGAAAGACCUGCCCAACGAUGUUCCUUCGGAAGCAAACCCAUCGCCAUUGCACAUGGGAGACGCAGUUAUCGUUCCAACCAACAUCAUACCAUACCGAGGCUGGGACGGUGGUUUGGUUGAAUUAUUUCACGCAUAGCACCCUUGGCAUUCGCAAGGACGAGAACGGCCGUUUUAUCCGUUUCAAACCAUCAGAUGGCGAUACCGUCGAGCAUAGAUUGAAACCUACAACAGACAUAGUUCUCACAAUUGAUUGUGGCUCUGAAUACCGAUUUGGAUAUCGAGAAAAUACAGAAUCAAAUAUCCACUGGAUUGCCUCGGUUUCGAACCGAAGUGCAACAGCAACACCACCAGUCGGAGCCAAUUUUACUGGCAUGAUGCUGGGGGUUUAUGCGUUUGGGGAGCGACAGAGAUGCUUAGCACCGGCCGACUUCGCCUACGCUGAGUUUAGAUAG